UAAAAUAUCUGACCAUAGAAACGAUAGUCACAUACCGCUUACAGUGACAUAGUUAAUUACUACGAAGACAUGAACACUCUCCUCCUCUCACUCUCACCUCUGCAUAUCAGAAGUACUCCGUGGGCAUACAAAAAUUCUGUUCUUGAACAUACACUAUUUGUAAGAACAUUCCCUCACAACCCUUUCCCAUCUCUCCGUUACAGGAGAACAUUAAAACUACAAGCCAAGGCCAAAGGUUCCGGCACCAAGGGUACAUUUCCUGAGAAGAACCUGCAAGAAGAAGAUGAUGAUGAUGAGAAACUUUCCACAAGAAGUAAAAAGGAAGACGAUGACGAUAAGAUUGCGGAUGAAGUGUGGGGAAGGAUGAUUGUGAGGAUAUUAGCUUAUGUCGGUAUCCCAAUGGCAAGUGGAAUAGCAUUGUUAGUUAUAUUUGGGUUUCUCAAGGAAAAUCACAUUUGGGAUGUUCCCCUUUGGCUUCCGUUUGUAACAACAUUGAUAGGCUUCGGAACUUCGGCACUUGGAAUUGCUUAUGGAACUUUAUCAACAAGUUUGGAUCCAAAUAAGAAGGGGUCGCUUCUCGGAUGGGAAGAAGUUCAACAAAACUGGCCUGAACUUUGGAAGGAGGAUAUUGAAUAAAUUGAUAAAAGAUUGUUAUCAAAGUUUGGGCUUCAUAAUUUUGUUCGGUUUUCUCAGUAAUUUGCAGCAUACAUGUUAUACAUAUACUAAAUUUAGUUUCCGGAGACAAAAAAAAGAAUUGGUUUUG